AGCGGAGCUGUCAGACUGCGAGGAGACGCGGCUGAGCAAAGACUGUGGGCUGAAGUGACUAAUGGGAUCCACCUCACUCCAUCUGAAGAGUGCGAGCUGAUAUCACGGGUGAUUAUCACCCGUCUAAUGCGCACAACAGGACCCAUUUGAACCUAAUAAGACAGCUGUGCAGGCUUUCGUCGGGUUUGUGGACUAUCGGGAUUAAAACAAAGGGUUUGGAUUCAGGAGACUCACCUCUGUGGUGGAUGAGGUGCCAUCACCGCUCUUUUAAAAAGACGAAUAAUCGAAAGCAAUAAGCCUGUUCGAGUUCAUCCGGAGGGGCAAGACAAGCCACCACUCCCGUCUUUUUUCUUUUUUUUUUUUUUGGUUUGUUUUUUUUCCCCCAGGACGCAAAUGUCUCCAGAGCACAGGGACGUCACUGGAUUGUAACACCAGCAGCCUCGCCGAUGGUUUAAUAGGGCGUUAAAGUGCGGGAAGGGAGUGGGACAACUACAGGAUGAGUGAGCCAUACCCGCAGAUUGGAAGCAAAGGAGCUCUACUUCUAAUGGUGCUUGUCAUGAGCGUCUGGGAGAUGUCUGUACCAGCAGAAGCAACAACAGCAGCCCACCAUGUUCGAACUGGCACCUGCGAGGUGGUGGCGUUGCACCGCUGCUGCAACAAGAACAAAAUUGAGGAGCGGUCGCAAACUGUGAAGUGCUCCUGCUUUCCCGGACAAGUGGCAGGCACCACCAGAGCUGCCCCAUCGUGCGUAGAUGCGUCAAUAGUGGAACAGAAGUGGUGGUGUCAGAUGCAUCCGUGCCUUGAUGGGGAGGAAUGCAAAGUUCUUCCUGAUCUGAAAGGUUGGAGCUGUGCUACAGGAAACAAGAUCAAAACCACUAAGAUUUCUGCUGACAGAGACCAGCUUUGGUAACGUCAGAUGCUUCACAGCGGCGUCCAGGUUGAACCAACAGUUCUGGCCCGCGGGAUCAUCAAAGGAGAAGAGAGUAAUGCAAAGGACCUUUCUGUAAAUAGAGACAUCCUUUCUUCUGGAGUGCAGUUAAACUUUGGAAAACUUUGAAUGCUUCUUCCUGAACUCUAUGGACAUCAAAAAGAGGAGCAGAUCCCAUUAAAAGUACUGAUCAUUCAGCGUUCCUUUUCAAAGGACUCCGUAUGACUAGCCUUACCGGACAACAGGAUUUAAUCUGACAUUGUGCUGCUUGUAGUAGAAUACAACGGUGAACUUUGCCUAUAUGUUAUUUAUAGAGUAAUACCUCGUUCACAGGUUUUUUUGCAUCACAUGUUGUCCAGGGUGAACAGCAAGUCAGUAUGUCGUAUAAGCAUUGCAAAUAUCGAACACAAAAUGCAUCGUGGCUUUCUUCUCUAACAGAGUGUACUUUGAAAAGUUUAAUAUGGGUUAAAUAUAUUUAAAUGGGGUGGUUUUCAUAGAGAUACACAGCCACAAUCAAGAGGAAUUCAACCCAAACGCUAAAACAAGGACAUGUUACAUGAAACCAGCACUUUAAAAAAAAAUGGCACCAACUGGUCAAACCUACCAGCUGUUACCAGACAGCAAGAGGAAACCAUGUGUGGCCUGAAGGUCCUCUGAAAAUCAUCCUGUCAUUUCAAGCCACUUUUAUCAGUUUAAAAUAUAUUGUUUAUUAUUAUCAUUAUUAUUAUUAGUAUUAAUCUUUUUUGGAAUAUGGCUCGGGAGUUCGAAUUUUUGACAAGAGUUUAGUGUAAAUUAAACAGCAUCUGACAGCAGCGGUCCUGAAGCUGUUUUCAACUAGUUACUCAAGUAUGAUUUUCUGAUCACCUUUUAGUAGG